AUGCAUCCCUUAACUGAAAGUCAACGAGGUGAAAUUAUUGGCCUUUACAAAAAUAAACAAUCAGUACCAAAAAUUAGUAGAGUGCUCAAAGUUUAUAGAGCAACUGUCACUCGUACUAUUGCUAAGUAUCUUAAUGGAGAUGACCUUACUACCCGUCCCCAAUCUGGGCAUCCGAAAUUAUUAACCAAUAGAAGUCAAAAAAUUCUAAAGACUAUUGUUAAAAAUAAUAAUAAGAAAUCAGCUAAA